CUUAACCGGUGCGGCAUAUUGAGGUACCACAUCAGCAAAUCAAACAAAAACUCUAGUAUCAUAUCGGGGCCAGUCAGAAGUUAAGAUGGCGCUGAUGCGCGUUGUCGCCAUGCUGACGCUGUGCUUGACAUCAGCCUGGUCCAGCAGCGUAGUUUUGUCCCCCGUAAAACCGGAAAAGGAACCCAAACCACUUCCGCCCGAACCCAAACCGGAAGACCUAUACCUAGUGUCUGUUCCCAGAGUAGUUCGUCCUGGUCAGUUCUUGGACGUUUUUAUCAGCGUUUUUACGAGACAACGUGGUUUUUUGAAACCAACGGUUGAACUUAAAGGCACUGGGUCCGACUACAACGUAACACACGUCACGAGGUCGAGGUAUCUGUACUCAACUAUUGGAAACGUAAUAUCACUCAAGGUCCCUCUCACUGUGAACGCCCGCACAUACCGUGUUGUGGUCACCAACGAAUUGUUAUUCAGCUUUGAACACGAGACCACCGUAACACUGGAUUCCAACACUAUCAAUGGCUUCGUUCAGACAGACAAGGGCAUGUACAACCCUGGCAGCACAGUUCGCUACAGGAUUCUUUCACUGGAUCAGAAUCUUCAGACCUUCAAAGGCAAAUACGACGUGAUUAUUUAUGACGCAGGAAGAAACCGUAUUAAGCAAGACAAUGGACUUUCUGACAGCACCGGUCUAAUAGAAGGGGAACUGAAACUUUCUGAAGAACCCGUUCUUGGAGAGUGGCAAAUCCACGUGUCUACAGACCUUAUAUCCUUUUCGAAGCAGUUUGAAGUCAAAAAGUACGUUCUUCCCCGUUUUGGAGUUACCGUUUCCCCAGCCAGAUCAUUCGUCGUCUCCUCAGACGAGAGAGUGGUCGGCACAAUUUCCGCCACAUACACGUCAGGAAAACCAAUCCAGGGUCGCGUGAAGGUCACGGCCAAGGUUGACCCAUGGUACUCUUGGUAUAACCGGGACGUGAAGGAGCAACCCACACUUAGCCUUGACCUGAAGAUUGAUGGCGACGUUGGGUACAGCUUUUCUGUGGAAGAGUUGAAGAACAUAAGUCGGUACCUUGAUUAUAGAGACAUAACUAUCGUAGCUGAAGUGACAGAAGAUUUGACUGGAGAGGUAGCGACCUCCUCCGCCAAAACCAAGGUGUAUCCACGAGCAGAGAAGAUAGAGUUUGCAAGUUCCAACCCAUCCACCUUCAAACCCACCCUUGAGUACACAGGCUAUGUAAAGGUGCUUCAACAAGACGACAGACCUUUAGCAAAGGCAACGGAGAAACUGGUUAUUGAGGCGCAGAUAGAAGUCCCUUUGCCAACCACCACUACAACAACUACCACCACGACAACAACAACAAAACCAAAAAUGCCAGCCGACGGCAUAGAUAUAGCAGAACCGAUCCUCAUUGAGGAUGUAUUUUUUCCACGUCCAUACUGGCCAUACCAGCCCACGACCAAGUGGAUCAGUCUGGACAACCAGGCAUUUGACGUCCCAGCCAACGGACUUGUGGAGUUCGCCAUGAACGUGCCUGAGGAGGCCAAGAAUCUACGUGUUACGGCUCGGUACGGAAAGUUGACUUCUAGUUCAAGCACAGCAAAAAGGUUCCAGUCUCCUAGUGAGACCUUCUUGCAAGCAUCCCUGAACAACGACCUUCCAAAGGCAGGUGAGAGGGUAAUCGUCAAUCUGAAGUCCAAUCGAGAGUUUAAGUAUUUUACCUACGUGGUUUUAUCCCGAGGAAGAAUUGUGAGGGCACGAAAAGUGAGUCGCCGGUAUAGCAGGAAAAGGGCAAGGUUUGCAAUCCGCGUGAAACCAGAAAUGGCGCCAACGUCACGUCUGGUUGUCUAUUACGUGAAAGAUGACAAUGAGGUUGUGGCUGAUGGCCUUACUUUCAACGUCAUUGGGGCAUUCAAAAAUAAAGUUUCUUUGGAGUUUAACACCAAAGAAGUCAAGCCGGGUGAGGACGUCAGUCUUCAGUUACGUGCCGAUCCUGGUUCCCUUGCCGCUACUCUUGUGGUGGAUAAAAGUGUGAUCCUCCUCAAGUCUGGCUUCGAUUUAUCCUAUACAGAGGUUUUGGACACCCUGAGCAAGUAUGACGUCGGCCAGAACAGCUUCCCGACGUUCUUGUGGAAGAAGAAGCGCAGGAGGAAGAGACUGUCCAUCUGGCCUUACCCGACGUACGGCGGCGCUGAUGACGUUACUGCUGUAUUCGCCGAAGCUGGUAUUAAGGUCAUGUCCAACGCUGAAAUCUAUGACUAUGUGGAACCUGUACAAUAUUAUUAUCGUACCUUUGCCAUGGAGGACAUGCAAGUGAUGGCAGCGCCUAUGGAAGCGUCAAUUGGCGGUCUGGCACAAGUAGAGAGGAUCAGGACACGCUUCAUAGAGACAUGGCUAUGGAGCCUGGAAAAAGUCGGCGAUUCAGGCGUGGUCAACAUAGAUUUGGUCGCUCCGGAUACCAUGACAACGUGGGUGGGGACAGCCUUUGCCGUUGAUACCUCUGCGGGAUUUGGCAUGACGGAGGAACCCGCCACGAUUGUGGUGCUAAACAAGUUUUUCGUGAACGUGGUGUUGCCUUACUCUGUGAUCAGAGGAGAGCAGGUCGUCCUGCAGGCGAAUGUCUUCAAUUACUUGGAUACUGACCAGAAGGUUGUUGUUGAACUUCAAAACUCUGACGGCUUCCGGUGUCUAGGAGUUGGAGAUGGUGGAGAAAUUGUGGAGGGCGACUGUGAAAAGCAGACUAUUAAGGUUACCGCAGAUAGUGUUGUUUCUGUGUUUUUCCCAAUUGUGCCCAAAUCCCUGGGUGAGGUGGCCAUUACUUUGACAGCCAGAUCUACUGACCAUGCUGACGGGCUGACUAAACAGCUGAGGGUUGAGCCGGAAGGAAUUCCCCAGGAGUAUAACCAAGCAGUUAUUGUGGAUCUCACCGAUUCUGCCGUCACACAGUUCCAGGAAUCGGUUAAAGUUGACUUCCCUCCAAAUGUCGUUGAGGGUUCCCAGCGCGUACUCGUCAAAGUUUUGGGCGAUCUUUUGUCCAGCACAUUGAACAGUCUUUCAAACUUGUUGAAAAUGUCUUAUGGCUGCGGUGAACAGAACAUGAUCAACUUUGCCCCCAGCGUCUUCGUGGCCAAUUAUCUGGACAGCGUCGGACAACUGACUGGGGAAAGGCGAUCAACUGCUCUGGAUAUUAUACUCUCUGGCUAUCAAAGGCAAAUGAACUACAUGAGGUAUGACGGUUCCUUCAGCGCGUUUGGUGACAGGGACCCGCAAGGAAGUACCUGGUUAUCCUUGUUUGUAUGGAAAUCUUUUGGUCAAGCUCGGAAGUUUAUCCAGCUCGAUGAACUGAGACUGGCGUCAACGUUAAGAUUUAUCCAAAACCAACAAAACGACGAUGGAUCUUUCAACGAACCUGGCCGAGUCAUCCACAAAGAUAUGCAGGGCGGUUCCGCAAAUGGUAUCGCGCUUACAGCUUAUGCUUUAUCAGCCAUUUUGGAGAACGACCACGACGACAGCUUAAAUACAACCAUUGCGCGUGCUCAGAAGUAUGUGGAGGAUAGAAUUCUGGACGAGGAGGACCCGUAUGUGUUGACCAUCUGUGCCUACGCUCUGGAAUUGGCCGAGAGUUCCUUACUACCCCAGGUCCGACAAAAGGUCAAGGAUGCCGCCAUGAACGAAAAUGGACAAGUUUACUGGAAAACCGCAAGCACGUUUGAACCGCACUACACCUGGCGAUCUCCAAACAACGUUCUAAUGCUGCUGACGUCGAGGCACGGCCUACGGUCUCCUGGCAUGCGCAGAAGAGCCAGACCUUGGGCGUUGUCUGACGAUCAUACCAUGGUUGGUCGGCCAGCAGAACUCUAACGGAGGGUUUGUCUCAACACAGGACACUGUGGUCGCUGUCCAUGCCCUCAGUUCAUUGGCUAAGCUCAUCUACUCUGAGGACAAUUCUGUCAAUAUCGACGUCAUUUCCGGUGAUAUCACCAAGAGUUUUACGGUUGACGAUAGCAAUCGUUUCAUUCUAC